GGAGAAAUCUAUCAAGCUUUUGAGAAGGAUAAAAACAUUUAGAGAAUAUUAUCACAGCAAGACUAGAGAGAGGGCUUUCUGCGGGUCGCGAAACGAUAUUUUGUCCAUCAGCAGUUUAUAACUUUGUCAGCAGGGGUUUGCAAAUGUAUUCACGAUUGACGCUAACCACGGCAAAGUUCAAGGACCGCAAACUUGUUCUAGACACUCGACGAAUAAUCAAUAUUGUCUUCCUUUCACAGGGAAAACUGUCAUUGGACGCUUUGAUGCCCUCAUAUAAUUUAUUCAUUCAGCCUCUACUACAAAACAAGUAGCUUAUCAGGUUUGAGUCGCAUUUGUCUUGAAGAAGUCCUUUCCUUCAGAUAGUAGCGAUGGCACCUUGGGGUUAUGAGAAAGAUAAUGGUCCCGCACAUUGGCACAAAGAUUGUCCGAUAGCCAAUGGUAAGAAUCAAUCGCCGAUCGAUUUAAUCAACGGUGAAGUAAAGUACGACUCCGGUCUGAAGCCCCUGACUGCGAAGUAUGUUCCGUUUAGUGACGCUAAGUUUCUGAACAACGGCCAUUCUGUGCAGUUCCAACCAAGUGCUGGAAAUGGAUCAGAACUAACUGGAGGACCAUUGGCCGUUAAGUACAACUUUGAGCAAUUUCAUUUUCACUGGGGAAACAAUGACACCGAGGGCUCAGAACACAGAGUGGAUGGAAAGAUGUACCCAGCCGAGUUACAUUUUGUACACUGGAAUUCAACAAAUCCUAGUUUCAAGGAUGCUGUUGGCUCUGGUGGCCCAAAUGGUUUAGCUGUGUUAGGAUUCUUCUUGAAGGUUGGAGCAGAAAAUGCAGCCUUGAAGCCAAUCACAGACUUAAUUCCUAAAGUGAAAGAUGCAGGAACCUCUGUCACCGUGCCCAGCAAUUUCGACAUGCAGGCUAUUUUGCCAGCGACCCUGACAGAUUACUACACCUACGAUGGCUCACUGACCACUCCCCCUCUGGCUGAAUGUGUCAAGUGGAUUGUGUUUAAGCAACCCCUUGAAGUGUCAGCAGCCCAAAUGGAAGCAUUCAGAUCUGUGAUAAACCGUGAUGGAAAGCCAAUGGGUGGAAAUUAUCGCCCACCUUGUCCCUUACAUGACCGUGCAGUCAAGACUUCUUUUAAGUAAAAGAAACAGCCUCAGCCAAGUUAGGCAGUGUGUCUGAGUGCAAAGAGGAUUUUUAGAAUUAUGUAGGAAAAAUCUUUCGGAAUUCAUAAUAUUCAUUGGCCCAAAUGGGUCAAAGGCUUACAAUUUUUUUUUAAGCUCUCCAUAAAAUACCUGCACUAUUCUGACAUUGCAAUUAAUUUUCAUUGCAAGAACUCAAAUAUGUAGGCUGUUUUAGGAAUUCCAAACUGUUGCACUGUGCUUGUUUUUUUAUCUUUGGCUUAGACUAGACUAAUUUAUUAGUGCGAGUGAAUUUAUUUAGAGUGCAGGAACAAAUAAAGCCAUCAUUUGAAAUAAA